CCCAGGACCAGGCGUUGGGUACCACCCUGGUUGGCUGUCCAACUCAAAUGGGCGGGGCAGCAGAUAAAAGAGAGAAUGCGCCGCGCACUCGGGACUCCUGCACGGUUGCAGCCCCUGCAGCUCAGCCCCGGGAACCUACGCCCCCUCGGCCAGGGUCGCCCCAGCAACCACGAGCCCAGCCAAUCAGCGCCCUGGACUGCACUAGAGCCAUGGCCGGCAGAAAAGCACUGAUCGUCCUGGCUCACUCAGAGAGGACGUCCUUCAACUAUGCCAUGAAGGAGGCUGCUGCAGUGGCUUUGAAGAAGAAAGGAUGGGAGGUGGCCGAGUCAGACCUCUAUGCCAUGAACUUCAAUCCCAUCAUUUCCAGAAAGGACUUCACAGGUAAACUGAAGGACCCUGAGAACUUUCAGUAUGCUGCUGAAGCUACUCUGGCUUAUAAAGAAGGCCGUCUGAGCCCGGAUGUUGUGGCUGAACAAAAGAAGCUGGAAGCCGCAGACCUUGUGAUAUUCCAGUUCCCCCUGCAGUGGUUUGGAGUCCCUGCCAUUCUGAAAGGCUGGUUUGAGCGAGUGUUCAUAGGAGAGUUUGCUUACACAUACGCUGCCAUGUACGACAAAGGACCCUUCCGGAGUAAGAAGGCAGUGCUUUCCAUCACCACUGGUGGCAGCAGCUCCAUGUACUCUCUGCAAGGGGUCCAUGGGGACAUGAAUGUCAUUCUCUGGCCAAUUCAGAGUGGCAUUCUGCAUUUCUGUGGCUUCCAAGUCUUAGAACCUCAACUGACAUACAGCAUUGGGCACACUCCAGCAGACACCCAAAUUCAGAUCCUGGAAGGAUGGAAGAAACGCCUGGAGAAUAUUUGGGAUGAGACACCACUGUAUUUUGCUCCAAGCAGCCUCUUUGAUCUAAACUUCCAGGCAGGAUUCUUAAUGAAAAAAGAGGUGCAGAAUGAGGAGAAAAACAAGAAAUUUGGCCUUUCUGUGGGCCAUCACUUAGGCAAGUCCAUACCAACUGACAACCAGAUCAAAGCCAGAAAAUAAGUUUCCUAAGACUGGAUCUCCUCAUAAUAUGUUAUCAGAUCUGGGUAUCUUUCCAAGCUUCCCUGACUCACUUUAGUUUUUAAGAUUUGGGGUUUUUUUUUUCCCACAAGGUAUAAAUAGGAGAGGGAAUCGACUAUAUUCAUG